UGCCUAAUGAACAUCGCACCUCGGCAACAGCUCCAAAACCUGACCUGUGACUAUUCCUCUGUGGUUUAGAAUCUCGUGCGUGUGUUGUUCAGUCAUAAAACUCUACCUCUCGGUUGAAACGAAGCACUUCAACGACUCCUGACCGAACGAGGACGCGAGUGAAGCCUUUUGUCUUUACAAACAAUCGAUCGGGUAUCAAUACCGUGAAGUACCCGAACACCUCACGUACCGUUCGACGCCUGAUCCUUGGCCAGCCCAGACAAGGAGGAUAUCCAACCUGGUAAUCCAAGGACUCCAAACUCCGCGCCACCACACACACUCUUCGAAGUGCCAACUUAAAACCCACGGAGAAAGUGCGCGUUACGACCAAGGGACCCCGAGGAAAAUCUCUGCUGUAAACACACGCGCAAGCCAAGGACCAAUCGCCGGAGCUAUGUGGGCCACCACGCGAAGUAGGCAUCCGAUGUUGGGUGCCCUUUUAGCCAUCGGAGUUUUAGUGAUGCUGCCACUGCACAGUGGAGGACAGCCCCAGCGGGACUUCUACUCCUCUGUUUCGAAUCUCUUGGACCUGGUGAAGCACGAGCAAGAAGUCAGGCUCAUGCUUCUGGCCUACGCGGAACGCCUCAAAGUGCUACAGUCCAGCAUCCUCAGUUUUGUGGACACGAGACAGCCUUACCAUGAACUGCGCACUCCUACAGAGGUGUCUGACUACAUGAAACACCCUGUCCACGCCUUCCACCUCAUGAAAAGGAUGAUCGUUGACCUGGGCGCCAUCGAGUCGCAGAUACACGAGCUGCACGCAUCAGAUCCCCUGCACAACAUAACCGCAAUGCGGGCCAACAGACUGCUGCCCUGGGAAGAGGACUUCAACGGCGUCGCCGUCUCGAUUGCGCGCCUUCAAGACACCUACCUCCUGGACAUGGACAACCUUGUCAACGGUCACCUGACCAUUACGUCACGGCCGCGGAACCGCACGGUGCCCGGCCGCAUUCCGCUCACUGCUCGUGACUGCUUCUUCAUGGGCCAAGUGGCGGUGCACAAUGGCUUCUACGACCGGUCCGUGGAGUGGGUGGAGAGCGCCAUAGACAAGGUGGUAAACGAGAAGCCACCGUCAGUCCCCACAGAGGACCUCACGAAGUACCUCGACUUGCUCAUCAAAAAGCACGACGACGUACUGGACUCCAUGGGAAAAGCCGGACAACACUGGCAGACGUACGGUGUGCCCGUGCGCGAACGGAAUAAGCAACCGCUCCAGUUCCAAACCAAGUUGUUCGAGGAGCAGCUCACCUUCGCCCAGGAGACACAGAACUACAAGCGCCUCUGCCGCGGAGAACAGCUAAGGACGCCAAAGAUGGACAGCCAGCUUCGAUGCCGCUACUACUACGGCAGAGACGGCUUUUUGCGGCUUCAGCCCGUGAAGAUCGAGGAGGCCAACCUGAAGCCGUACAUCAUCACCUUCCACGACAUCAUCGGGGACCGUGACAUAAACGAUCUGCUCGCGUACGCCAAACCUCGGCUCUUCCGGUCUACCCAUUACGGAGAGCACGGAAUGGAGACAUCCCUGAUCCGGACCAGCUCAACUGCAUGGCUCGGCGACCAUGAUGCACCGGUGGCAACGAGGUUAAAUCGAUUCCUCGAGUCCUUGCUGGGUCUAGGCACACAAUACCUUAAAGGAGAAGCGGAGUUUUACCAGCUUGCUAAUUAUGGCGUAGGAGGCCAGUACAUCGCGCAUCACGACUUCCUCGCCGAUAUUUACGCCGACCCAAAUCGAAAGUUGGACGACUUCGAGCGCUCGGCAGGGGAUCGAAUAGCUACGCUGAUGUUUUACCUAAGUGACGUCGAGGAAGGAGGAGCGACGGUGUUCCCACAUUUAGGAGUGAGAUUAACACCCAAAAAGGGAAACGCAGCAUUCUGGUGGAACCUCAAUUCGGACGGAGAGGGAGAGCAGCUGACAAAGCAUGGCGGCUGCCCCGUCCUGUAUGGCUCAAAAUGGAUUGCAAACAAGUGGUUCCGCUCCAACAGCAACCUGUUCCGACUGCCCUGCUCACGGAAUCGCAGCCAACCUUUAGCUCCGCUCGUCUGACCCUGACCCGCAGCAGAUGUUAAGGAUUCUCGUCGCUCGCACAGAUCCUUCGUCUUAAGUCAUGCCAAUGAAUUUGUGUCGUUGUCCGUCUAUUUAAAUACUCACGCUAAUAAACAUUACGAC